AUGAGGACUGACUUCAACCGCCAUGGACCACCCAAGUUCCAAGGCGAAGUUGAACCCGAGAAAGCUGAUCUGUGGAUUCAGGAGAUGGAGAAAAUCUUUGAGGCUCUCCACACACCUGAUGCUGAGAAGGUGAACUUGGCGACCUUCAUGCUGAAGGGCGACGCUGAGUAUUGGUGUUGGAGUGCUAGACAGUUGAUGACUGCUAACCAUGUGGCUCACUUGGGAGUCUUUCAAAAGGGCUUUCAUGGAGAAGUACUUCCUAGAGACUGCCAGGGAAGACAUGGAGAAUCAAUUCCUCAACCUGAGACAGGGGUUGAUGACUGUAGGGGAGUAUGCUGCAGACUGGAGACCCUGUCAAAACACUUUCGCUUUUUCCAAGUGCAAGUGGAUGAAUCGUACCUAUGCAACCGAUUCAUGAGGGGCUUGAGGAAUGACAUUGAGGAGUCUGUGAGGCCAUUAGGAAUCAGAGUUUUCCAACAGUUGGUAGAGAAAGCUCGUGAGGUGGAGUCAAUGAAGAAUCGCCAGAGAGGAAAGUCUGAUAACGGAGGACCGAUUCGUUCUGGACAGAGGCAGACCGGAAGGUUUGAGGGAGAGAGACCAGCUGGUAGGUUUGACAAGGGCAAGGCACCGAUGAGGAAGCCUUACCAAUGUCCUGCUGAUAAGGUACCGUCUGCUGGAAGGGGUGUAGCACCUGCUCCUAAAGAUGAUGUCAUCUGUUUCAAGUGCAACCAGAAGGGGCACUAUGCGAAUGAGUGUGGUAAGGAGAUUGUAUGCUGGAAGUGUCAGAAACCAGGGCACAUUGAGAGGGACUGCCCUAAUGCUGCAAAGGCUGAGCCAGUGUUGAAUACCGCUCGCGGAAGGCGACCUACUACUCCAGGUCGUGUGUUCGCAAUGUUUGGCGAACAGGCUGCUGUGACUGACGAUCUCAUCCAAGGUACGUGUGUUAUCGCUGGAACUUCUUUAAUGGUCUUAUUUGAUUCGGGUGCUACACACUCAUUCAUUGCUGAGGAGUGUGUGAAGCGAUUAGGGUUGCUAACUGCUGAUUUACCCUUCGAUUUGGUGGUUACUACCCCUGCCGCCGAUCGAUUAGUUACGCGCACGGCAUGCUUGCAAUGUCCGUUGAUCUACGAGGAUCGGAAGUUCCUUGCGAACCUCAUUUGUUUGGGGCUUAAAGAGCUCGAUUUGAUUCUGGGAAUGGACUGGUUGGCACAGUAUCACAUUCUUUUGGAAUGUGCUAAUAAGACCGUAGUCUUCCCGGAUUCUGGCGUUACGGAUUACUUGAAUUCGUACAACUUGGGAAAGGGUUCACCAGCAUUCGUGAACUCUAUCAUAGCUGAGGCGAAGAACGACGGCGAUGUGCGCAACAUUCUGGUGGUGCAGGAAUUUGUGGAUGUGUUUCCAUAG